AUGGAUCCUUCUCUUGUUGUCUUAACUGUCCUUGUGCUAACAGCAGCUAAUAGAGCACGUGGUAAUUCCUGUAGUCAGGGAUUUAUCAAAUGCCAGCAUAGCCUUCAAUGUAUAUCAGAAAGUGAGCUUUGUGAUGGAAGGUGGACAUGCUAUGAUAGAUCCGAUGAAGCACCAGAGGUCUGUGAUGUUGUAUUAUGUAAGCAGCGUUUAAUGACUUUGUGUGACGGUGGUACACGUUGUAUUCACAAUAUCACCGUGUGUGAUGGAUACAAAGACUGUUUAGAUGGAUCUGAUGAAAUUCCGGAAAGAUGUUAUGAUCAUGACUGUGUCAAGGGAAAGUUCAAAUGCAUGGAUGGUCUUCAAUGUAUUAACGACGGUUCUCUUUGUGAUGGAUUUUCAUCAUGUAACGAUGGAUCUGAUGAAUCACCAGAAGUCUGCAAUGGUUAUGACUGUGGCAAAUGGUACGUUAAAUGCCAAGAUAAUAUUCAGUGUUUUUUUCAAGACGGUCUUUGUGAUGGUUUCCAGCACUGUAACGACGGUUCUGAUGAAUCACCUGAGUUCUGUAGAGAAAGUAAGUGUCCUGCCAAGAAGGUGAAAUGUAAAGAUGACAUCCAGUGUAUUUAUGAAACAUAUCUAUGUGAUGGCGCUUUCCACUGUAAAGACAAGUCUGAUGAAGAUGAAGAGUUCUGUAAAGCCUAUUCGUGUAUGGAGAAAGAAUUGAAGUGUAACAAUGGUGUACAAUGUAUUCACAAUGACCACUUUUGUGAUGACUACCCCGACUGUUUAGAUAGUUCUGACGAAGAGCCAGAAAUGUGUAAAGCCAGAAAAUGUGACAAAUACAUGGUUAAAUGUAAUGAUGGUAUACAGUGUAUAUAUAAAUCCCGGCUGUGUGACAAACGCCCAAAUUGCUACGACAAGUCUGAUGAAGAUGAAGAUAUGUGUAAAGCAAGAACUUGUGACCCGGGUGAGACAAAGUGUGCAGACAAUAUCACGUGUAUCGAUCAGCGAUAUGUUUGUAACGGGGAUAUAAACUGUCCCGAUAAAUCGGACGAAGAUCCAGUUUUAUGCAAAGAUUAUGACUGUGGAAUUGGAAGGGUAAAAUGCCAGAAUGGUCAAUGUAUAAAGGAAUAUGAUCUUUGUAAUGGAAGAGUGGCAUGUAAAGAUGAGUCUGAUGAAUCAGCGGAGUUCUGCAACGGUUUUGAAUGUCAGAAGGGAAGAGUUAAAUGCCAGGAUGGUAAAGAGUGUAUUAAUGAAGACAGUAUGUGUGACGGGAACGGUUACAACUGUUAUGAUGGAUCGGAUGAAUCAGAAGAACUCUGUAGAGAUUACAAGUGCCCGGAUCAUGCAGUAAAAUGUAGAGAUAACAUUCAGUGUGUUUGGAAAGCGGUCUUAUGCGAUAAUAUUUAUAGCGACUGUUUGGACCAAUCUGACGAAGACGCAGAAUUCUGUAAAGCCUAUUCGUGUAUGGAGAAUUGGGUGAGGUGUGAAAAUGGUGUUCAAUGUGUCCCCAUUGCUGCAUUUUGUGAUAAAACUAAUGACUGUACAGAUGGCUCUGACGAAAAACCUGAAAUGUGUAAAGAUUACAAAGUACCAGAGGAACUAUUGACAACUACUAGUGCAUUCGGCUAA